UCCGCCGGAGAAGAAGAUCGUGAUCGGUUGAGCCGGAGCUAUGUCGUGGCAAACGUACGUCGACGACCACUUGAUGUGCAAUGCGAGCGACGGGGGCGAGGUAAUCACGCUCACAUCCGCCGCGAUCAUCGGUCACGAUGGCACAGUUUGGGCUCAAUCAACCAAUUUUCCACAGUUUAAGCCGGAGGAGGUUACAGCAAUUAUGAAAGACUUUCAGGAACCUGGAACCCUAGCUCCAACCGGCUUGCAUUUGGGGGGAACAAAAUACAUGGUGAUCCAAGGUGAACCUGGGGCUGUUAUCCGAGGAAAGAAGGGACCUGGUGGCAUCACAAUUAAGAAAACAGGCCAGGCUUUGCUUGUUGGAAUAUAUGAUGAGCCCAUAACUCCUGGACAGUGCAAUAUGGUUGUUGAAAGGCUUGGUGACUAUCUCAUUGAGCAGGGUUUCUAGUCAUACCGGUAUGUUUCUUUCUUAGUCCCCCCCCCCCUUCCCUCCCCUCCUUCCCCUCUCUCUCAAACAAAUAAAGACAAUUUGGUUUCGUAGUCCCUCUCUCUCUCUCUCUUACACAACUUGAGCAAGUUUGGUUAACUUUUUGUCUGUUAAGUCCUCUCUCAACACACUUACUCUGCAUAACAGAGGAUGAAAAUUGCGACUGAUGGGGAUGAUUAAAACCCUGCCACUGUGGGGGACAAAAAUUGACAAUGAGAGAUUUGAUACAAAAUGGCACGAGUGAGGGACUAAAAAAAGCAAAUCACUGACCAAAAAUGCUCCCCGGCCCCGUCUUAUACAAAGAGUAGUAUUUUUUCAACAUAUUUUCGUCCCAUAAGAAGAGCCAAAUUUGUAGAAAAUGCAUGAAUUUUCCGAUCAAAAGCUUUCAAAGAAAAAAAGUACGCCUAACAAGCUAAAAAUGUUACAUUUUAGUAGUUAAAGUGACAGGUAUAUUUGAUGAUUUCUAUCAGUUGCAUCUCACCAAAGUUUAAAAGGUUUACAGCUGAAAAUGUUAACUAUAUUGUGCUCCAUUGUUUCGAGCACUAAUAACUCUAUUACAAUUGUAGUAGUAUGUGUUCAUAUAUCGUGUUCCCAUUUAUUUGCAGUGGAUUAAUGUUCUACUACUACUGCUGCUGCUGCUGCAUAAUCAAAGCCAAAAUAUCAUGGGAGAAGUUUGUGUGUGCCUACCAAGGGAGAUAGAAGAUUGAGAUAAAUCUUCUUAUUAUGUAUGAAACUCUUUUUUUUUUUAUUAUGUUACAGAAGUAUAAAUUGGGUUUUCCUAUUUUGGUCCAUAUUUUUUUUUCCCCUCUUUUUUUCUUGACAAUAUGGUUUCAUGACUUAUAUUUGGGGUAUCAUGUUAUAGUACGUGGAAUGAAAAAAUACUUUGGAUUUUA